ACUCGAUCAUUUUCAUUUAAAGAAAUUGUCUAUUCGUCGAUAUAUGAAUGCGAAAAAAUGGCUAGCAGUAAAUUGGAUCGAAUUGGAACGAUUUACACGAGAGUAACGGCGCUGCUGCGUACAGGAGCAAUGAAAGAAGAGAAUACUCCAAUAUGGUACGACGUUUACAAAGCCUUCCCUCCCACGUUAGAGCCGAGAUACAGCAGGAGACCUCCACCCAAAGAGAUUCAACGCAUUUUGUAUGAAGAAGAUGAAAUCCGAGCGAAGCUCCACAAGGAAAUCGCUCUACCCGCAGUGAAUCUGAAAAGUAACAAAGUAAGCCACACACAAAUAUUUUUGACGGUGUACAACAGUUUGAUACAGGGAGGUCUCACGAAGGAGAAAGCAUAUGACCAAGCGUUGGACAGUUACAAAAUUAUUUUCAAUCAGGAGAAAUACGUACUAACGAAGGAGCCAAGGAAAGAAGACCAGCUAACAAACUCUAACUAGAUUAUUAUUUCUCGUAAUUAAUUAUUCAGUUAUUCAACACUGUUUGUAGAUUCUUUCGGUUAGUCGGCACGUGAUAUGGAUUUAACGUGAUUCAUCGAAACAGGUGAGAUCUGAUGACGAACGUCCGUACAUCAUCGACUGGAAAAAUGCGAGUAUGCGAAUAGUUUCGCGCUUUGUUUGGUGGAAUCGAUUCCGAGUAAAAUAAUCUGUAAAUGACUUCGUAAAGAUGCACAAUUUUUGUAUACUCGCAUGUACAAAUCAACGAAAGAAUAAAUUCGUGAGCGACGGA